UAAAACACGCACAGACAAUUUCAAUUAUCUCACUAUUGACUUUGUCAAGCACUCAAAGUCUUUCUCUUCACACUCUAUCUCUCUCUCACACGGUUGUUUGUAUUUAAGUGUUUACUUUCACACUUUGUUUUCUGAGCUCAACUUCUCUCUGUUGGAAACAGCUUUCUGCUUCUCUCCAUGAUCACCAAGCUCCCAAAAUUGCAUUUUUCAACUUGAAUUCUUGGUGGGGUUUUCACCGGGAAUUCAAUUCCUCUUGAACCAGCUCUUGCUCUUUCUGGUUUAAUAAAAAAAAGGAGAAUCACCAGGGAAACAUGGCUCGUUUUGAAAAAGAUGAGGUUCCUAUGCUGUCUGAAACGCGUGCUCAACUGUCUGAUGAAUUCGUGGAUUCUAAUUUCCGGAGGCUAGUAUCUAGAACACGAAGUGCUUCAAUUUCGAUUCCCAUGGCUUCCUUGGAAUCAUAUGAGAAAGAAACUAGUCUUGUGGGACAUACCGGUCCCCUUCGUAGUGUGAGAAAAACCCCCUUUGUGCAGAUGAGUGGUCCACUGUAUGCUACCCAUGGAACUUCAAAUCUUUCAGGACAGAAUAUAGCUGCUACAGGAAACAAAGUAGUGGAAAGUAAGACAGAAAACUUUUCUACUUUCAAUGGCACAAAUGAAAAUCGUUGGGAUAAUGACUAUGACAGAAAGAAUGAACACUUAAUGAGGUCUGGGCAACUGGGAAUGUGUAAUGAUCCUUAUUGUACUACUUGCCCCACUUAUUUCAAGGCUGCUCAGCCAAGAACUCGAAAAACUUCAGCUAUAUUUGAUCCCAAGUUCCACCAUGUUUUUUAUGUAGAUGCCAAUGGUUUUGGCCGAAAAUUUUUUUCCUUCUGCUAUUCAUAUGUUCCUGGAGUUAUGAAUCCUCAUGCAAAAGUUGUACAACAAUGGAACAAGAUCUUGGCCAUUUUUUGCUUGGUGGCAAUUUUUGUUGAUCCAUUAUUUUUCUUCUUAUUAUAUGUGAAGGAGGAUGAUAAAUGUAUUGCUAUCAAUUGGACAAUGACAACAACACUUGUUUUUUUUAGAAGCAUUAAUGAUUUGAUAUAUUUCUUUAACAUUCUUCUCCAGUUUAGGCUGGCUUAUGUUUCUCCUGAGUCAAUGGUAGUAGGUGCUGGAGAUUUAGUUGACCAACCCAAGAAAAUUGCUCUUAAUUAUCUGAAGAGUUAUCUUUUUAUCGACCUAUUUGUUGUAUUUCCUCUUCCUCAGGUAAACUUCUUACCUUCUCCCUUUUUGAUUUGUGGUAACUUUUUAUUAUAUUGUUUCCUUGCCUGAGUUUGCUCAUUGGGUAUUUAGUUUUAUGUGCAACAAAGCGAAAAGUUUACUAUGAAUUAUGAGAUGUACCUUCCAUACAAAUGAUUAUGAAUGCUUGUUGAUGUUUCUCUUCAUUUCAGUGGUUCUGUAUCUUUUUAUUUGUUAGAAAACAUGAAGUUCUUUGAUGUUGCCAUUCACUGCGAUGAUGAGUUUGGAUUUCAUGAGAUAUUUAUAUAUUGAAAUAUUAUUCAAAUCUCCCCACCCAAAGAAAACACAAUGCUUGAUUUUGGAAUUUGUAUGAAGUUGAGUUUUUUCUUGGUUCUUUCAAAACAUCAGUUUUUUAGUUGUGAUUUUAUUAUUCAGAUUAAAUAUGGAGUGCUUGAAACUAGCUGUUAAGUUUUCUAUAAUAGAACCUUUUGUAAUUAAUUACUGUUGCCAGUUAAUUAAGAACAUGAGAGCAUUGUAGAUCUAUCUUUUACCGUCUCUCAUAAAGGCUAUGGUAACUCGCUAAUAUCCAAUUUCCUUGAAACGCGUAUAUUCCAAAGGCCCACUUAUUUUUGUGUUGAAAUUAAAAUUAAGAAAACGAGAGCAUUGAGGAUCUAAAUUUUAUAAUUAGUUGUAAAGGCUAUGAUGACUUGUUUAA